UUUUCUCAGUUUCAUUCUUUCCUGUAGUUAGGGUGGGUUUCCUUACCCCAGUUAAUCUAGAUAGUCCUCACAGGCCCGCCCAGAGGCUUGUCUCCUAGGUAAUCCUGUCAAGUUGACAAUCAGUAAACAUCACCACAGCCUCCCUUUGCUGACUCCUCCCCUCUCAGUAACCCAACAAUGCCCCAGGUUAGGUUUGGUAGCAGGUGCCUUUACCUGCUGAAACAUCUGGCAGCCCUAAGGCUGACGUUGGUGGUCUGGGAGGAGUCACCUGUUUUUCCCUCCCAUCUCAUAUGAGGGCUGUCACUGCUCCAGAAGAGCAGAAACAACCCAGGGCCUGACAGCAGCAUGCAGUGGAGACACUCGCUGACGUCUUGGGGAGAGACUGCAUGGUGCAGGGAGCUGCUGCUGCAGACAUGACCUCCAUCAUGCACUGGUGGGAGAUGGGUGUGCUAGCCCCAUGCGCCCAGUUGGACACAGCAUGACUUGUUCGAGCUGCAUGCUGGGGUGUGUUAUGCACACUCAGGCCACUGUACAGGUCCCCAAACCCAGGUGGCUACGGGUGAUUUUUCUUCCCGCAGCAUUUUCUGGAUCAACUGUUGGAAAUGCUCUCUGGUGUGGUGGUCAUCUCUAGCAAGGACUCUGUCCAGCAUCAGGGAGUGUCUUUGACAAUGGAAGGGACUGUCAACCUCCAGCUGAGUGCCAAAAGUGUGGGUGUGUUCGAAGCCUUCUACAACUCCGUGAAGCCGAUCCAGAUUCUUAACAGCACCAUAGAUGUGCUGAAGCCAGGAAAGCUCCCCAGUGGCAAGACUGAGAUUCCCUUUGAGUUUCCUCUGCACGUCAAGGGCAGCAAAGUCCUGUAUGAGACCUACCACGGCGUGUUUGUGAACAUUCAGUACACACUGCGCUGUGACAUGCGGCGGUCCCUGCUGGCCAAGGACCUGACCAAGACCUGCGAAUUCAUCGUUCACUCUGUGCCUCAGAAGGGGAAGCUGACUCCAAGUCCCGUUGACUUCACGAUCACUCCGGAAACCUUGCAGAACGUCAAAGAGAGGGCCUCACUUCCCAAAUUCCUCAUCAGAGGACAUCUCAACUCCACCAAUUGUGCAAUCACGCAGCCCCUGACAGGAGAGCUGGUGGUGGAGCAUUCGGAUGCUGCCAUCCGGAGCAUAGAGCUUCAGCUGGUGCGGGUGGAGACCUGUGGGUGUGCAGAAGGCUACGCACGUGAUGCCACAGAGAUUCAGAAUAUUCAAAUCGCUGAUGGGGACAUUUGUAGAAACCUUUCUGUCCCUCUGUACAUGGUCUUUCCCAGACUGUUCACCUGCCCAACCCUGGAGACCACUAACUUCAAAGUGGAGUUUGAGGUUAAUGUGGUGGUCCUUCUUCAUGCUGAUCACCUCAUCACGGAGAAUUUCCCACUGAAGCUCUGCCGGACCUAGUCCAGUCAUCUGCUCACACGUGGACAUCUAUCCAGUCAUCUGCUCACACGUGGACGUCUAUCCGGUCAUCUGCUCACACGUGGACGUCUAUCCGGUCAUCUGCUCACACAUGGACGUCUAUCUGGUCAUCUGCUCACACAUGAAUGUCACACGAGUCAUCUGCUUGGACACCAUCCCUGGCAGCAUAUAUUUUCAUGAUUUCUCCUCAUUGUCUCAAAGCUUGCUUCCUUCAGGUGCCUUGCCUCAGCCCUCUCCUCUGGAAUGCAACAGGAUUUCCUCAUGUGUGUUGCAAGGUCAUGGAAAUCUUCCCGACAGCUCCAGAUGUGCCUGCUUCUUUAGGUUCAGUAAAGCAGUGGUGUCUGCAGGUGAGAGCUGCUGGCCAGUGAGACCAGGGAGCAGAAGGAACCCCUCUCCAGCUUGCCCAGACUCCUGACAGCGAAGGGCUGGCAACCGGCAGGCUCAUAGGUUGAAUCUGUGAUGCCCUCCAAGGAGACAGUGACUUCCCCUGGAAAUGUGGAGCUUUUUCAAAACCUCUUGAGCUCUUGAUAAUGUUUCACUAGAACUUCAAAUUUUUUUAGGGAACUAGGAAAAAAACAACAAAUAGCCCUUGUUCUCACAGGCGUGAGGGAAUCUGUGGCUGGUGGCUGGUGCUGGAGUUUUGUGGUCUGUCGAGCUGACGUGCACACUUGAUGCUGCCGUAUUCCAGGACAUAGGAAAGGCAGGGUGGUCGCAGAAGGGGGAGAAUGCAUAUUGGCUGCUCCUUACUAGGUGAUUUCUGAGUGACCGGAGACCGUGCUGAGGAAGGAUAUGGACUUGGCCUGUUCCUGACCCUGAGGGACCUGUGCUUUGAGCAGGGGUUUGGCCUGCAGUCUUUUCCCUCAGCCGCACUGUGGGUCAGACCGUGUGGACCACAGUUAGUGAGCACUCUG